AAUGCUCUUCGGAGUUUUAGCUCAGUAACAUUGGAAAAAAACUGAUAUAAAAUUAUGACAAAUACUCGUAGACGUAUCUGCACUUAUAAAUAUCUUAGUCAGUAAUUAUUAAGUUAUGGCAAGAUUAUUGUCGAAUAUCCAUAGUUUAACUCACAGCACCUCUGUAUGGAAAAAUGUUUGCAAUUCCUUCAAUUUAGUAAGCAGGAGAUUCGUUGUCACCAGACAUAUAUAUUUUGAGGAAACGUCUAGUCCUCCUGUAAAAGGUAUUCCUUGCGGAGGUAUAAGAGAGAGCAGUGAGGAUAAUUUAGCUGACAAAAAGCAUAAUAUUUCGCGAAAUAGAACUGGCAUGCCUUCGGCGCAAGCGGUUGUUGGGAAAAUUUAUGCUAUCAUAGGUCCAGUGGUGGAUGUAAUUUUUGAAGAUAAUGUUCCUGAAGUAAUGAAUGCAAUGAUUGUACCUGAUUAUGAAGGUGGACAAUUAGUUUUGGAGGUUUUUCAUCAUCUCGGUGACGGUUUAGUACGUUCCGUAGCAAUGGACAGUACAGAAGGACUACGCCGCGGCCAAAAAGUUAUUGACACGGGCUAUCCUAUUAGAGUGCCCGUUGGUAGGACAUGCUUAGGUCGUGUUAUGAAUGUGAUUGGCAAUCCGAUUGAUGAACGGGGUCCUAUAAUAUCAGAUUUCCAUUCAUUCAUACAUGCAGAACCACCGGAGAUGAUAGAUUUGAAUGUAAACCCUACACUAUUAGAAACUGGUAUAAAGGUCGUAGAUCUCUUGGCUCCUUAUGUAAAAGGCGGAAAAAUUGGGCUAUUCGGAGGCGCAGGAGUAGGUAAAACAGUUUUGAUCAUGGAACUGAUUAACAAUGUCGCUAAAAAACAUGGAGGAUAUUCCGUAUUUGUUGGCGCUGGUGAAAGAACUCGAGAAGGAAAUGAUCUUUACAUGGAAAUGAUUGAGUCUAAAGUUAUUUCAAUUGAAGAUGAUAGUUCAAAAGUAGCUUUAGUAUAUGGACAAAUGAACGAACCGCCAGGCGCUCGCUCUCGCGUCGUAUUAACUGGUCUUACAAUAGCCGAGUACUUCCGCGAUAUGGAUGGUCAAGAUGUACUUUUAUUUAUCGAUAAUAUAUUUCGUUUCACUCAGGCUGGAGCUGAAGUUUCGGCGCUAUUAGGACGCAUACCAUCUGCGGUUGGUUAUCAACCUACAUUAGGUACAGAUAUGGGCUCAAUGCAAGAACGAAUCACCAGCACUAAAAAUGGUUCGAUUACCUCAGUUCAAGCAGUGUAUGUUCCGGCUGACGAUCUCACUGAUCCCGCACCAGCUGCUACCUUCGCACAUUUGGAUGCUACCACUGUACUGUCUCGUGCAAUUGCCGAACUUGGCAUUUAUCCAGCCGUAGAUCCCUUGGACUCGACAUCGCGAAUAAUGGACCCAGUUAUUGUCGGUGAAGAACACUAUAGCGUAGCCAGAGGAGUUCAAAAAACACUUCAAUCAUACAAAUCGCUUCAGGACAUAAUUGCCAUUCUUGGAAUGGAUGAGCUCUCCGAAGACGACAAAUUAAUUGUGGCUCGGGCCAGAAAAAUUCAGCGCUUCUUGUCUCAACCUUUUCACGUAGCAGAAGCAUUUACUAGCCAUCCUGGAAAAAUGGUACAAAUUGAAAAGACAGUGGAGGGCUUCAAACGCAUUUUAAAUGGAGAAAUGGAUGAUUUACCUGAAAUUGCUUUCUAUAUGGUUGGUGAUAUAAAUGAUGCCAUUAUGAAAGCAAAAAACUUAGCCAUGUCUAUGACAGCGGAAAAAUGAAUAUUCAAUGUAUUAAUCUAUUUACGAGUACAUCCAUUCUUUUAUGAACAACGUAUUUAUAUAUUAAAUAACAUCACUUCUCCUACAUAAUUUUAUCUUCA